GGAGUUUUGUUUACCUGAAGAUAUAAGAAAAAUUAUCAACCGUUGCCAAGCAUUGGAAUAACUAAGAAACAUUUAGUUUAUUGUCGUUUCUGAUUUUUGUGAAGUGUAAAAUUUGAAAGCUUAUGGAGUUUGUUGAAUUAAUUGUGAUUCUUCGACAAGUUUUUUGAAAAAAUACUCCUCAAAAGUGCAAAGUGAAUCUGACAAUUUCUCUUGGCAGAUACAGAAAUCCAAAAAAUCAUGGUGGUUUGCUCUAUGGCAGAAGGAAAUGGUGAAGUCUCCGAGGAACCAAUGAGGAUAGAAGAUACCGAAAGGACGCCAGAUUAUCAAAAAUUAAUAGAAUAUGGUCUCGAUGAAAAGGUGGCAUCUAAACUGGAUGAAAUCUACAAAACCGGCAAGCUAGUCCACCGAGAUCUGGACGAACGUGCCCUGGACGCUCUCAAAGAGUUCCACGUCGAUGGCGCUCUCAACGUGCUCGGCCAAUUUCUCGAUUCCAACCUGGAGCACGUAUCCAACAAGUCGGCCUACCUUUGCGGCGUUAUGAAAACAUAUAGACAAAAAAGUAGAGCGGGGUCAAGUCAGGGCUCAACGGCGCCCGCACCAGUGCCAGCAAAAGGUCCAGAUGAAGAGAAAAUUAAACAAAUUUUGGAUAGGACAGGAUAUACGUUAGAUGUAACUACAGGCCAAAGAAAAUACGGGGGUCCGCCUCCCGGAUGGGACGGCAGUACCCCCGGCUCGGGGUGCGAGGUGUUCUGCGGCAAAAUUCCUAAAGACAUGUACGAGGACGAGCUGAUACCCCUGUUCGAGCAGUGCGGUCCCAUCUGGGAUCUGCGGCUCAUGAUGGACCCGAUGACCGGCACGAACCGGGGCUAUGCCUUCGUUACGUUCACCACGAGGGAGGCGGCUCAAGUGGCCGUGCAAAAGCUGAACGAUUACGAAAUACGGAAGGGCAAAAAGCUCGGCGUGACCAUUUCAUAUAACAACCACCGGUUGUUUGUGGGCUAUAUUCCGAAAAACCGAGAUCGCGACGAUCUCCUGGAAGAGUUCUCGAAACAUGCACCCGGCCUCAUCGAGGUGAUCAUCUACAGCUCGCCGGACGACAAGAAGAAGAACAGGGGGUUCUGUUUUCUGGAGUACGAGUCGCACAAAGCAGCUUCGUUGGCCAAGAGACGAUUGGGAACGGGCAGGAUAAAAGUAUGGGGUUGUGAUAUUAUAGUAGAUUGGGCGGACCCUCAAGAAGAACCCGACGAACAGACAAUGUCCAAAGUCAAAGUGUUGUACGUACGUAAUCUCACUCAAGACAUAACAGAAGAAAAAUUAAAGGAAACAUUCGAGGGUUACGGAAAAGUUGAACGUGUCAAGAAAAUCAAAGAUUACGCUUUCAUUCAUUUCGAAGACAGAGACAAUGCCGUCAAGGCAAUGGAAGAACUAGACGGCAGAGAAAUGGGAGGAUCGAACAUAGAAGUAUCGCUAGCUAAACCGCCAUCAGAUAAGAAGAAAAAAGAAGAAAUUUUAAGGGCUAGGGAAAGGCGUAUGAUGCAAAUGAUGCAAGUUAGGGGAGGAAUGAUGCCUGGGGCUAUGCCUCUGCGUGGGCCUCCCGGCGCCGGGCCCAGGGCCGGACCAGGUAUGCGAGGGCCUAUGGGACGAGGGGAUUAUGAUUACGAUUACGAGUAUUACGGUUAUGGCGACUAUCGAGGCGGCUACAGCGACCCGUAUUACGACGACUAUUACCGGUACGAGGACUAUUAUUACGACUACCAGCAGCCGGCGUCGGCCGCGACCGCUUCUGCGCCGAACCCUAUGGCGCAGCAGGGCCGAGGUCGCGGCACACAGGGUCGCCCCUUACAGCCGGAACUUGAAGAGAACUGUUGCCGUUCUGAAGUGAUUUUUGGCGAUAGGAAUAUGGCACAGGUUGGCCGUGGGCGUGGGGCGGCGGCACGUGGCCGGGCGGCCGUUGGGGCGGCGGCGGCGGCGGGCCGUGGAGCGGCGUCGGCGGCCCGAGCGGCACGGGCAGGGGGCGCAGCCCGUGGGGCGGCACGCCAGGUCGCUCGUGGAGCGGGCCGAGGCAAGGGAGCAAGUUUACCAGCAGGUAAACGGAAGUUUGACGGAGGUCACCAGAACCAGGGGAGACGAAGCGGCGCUUUCCAGAGCCAGGGCGGCGCCGGCGGUCACCAGGGCGGCUGGGGCGGCAUGCUCGCUCAGCAGCCCCUCGACGCCAACGGCGACGAGUGGUACCAGGACUCGUACGGCGCCUGGAGUUAGAGUCGCCGGCCGCCAAGCGGCGGGACACUACCACCACCACCAUCAACGUCAUCAACAUCGUCUGCGUUCGUUUCUGAUCAAUAAUUUCACCAUUUUAAUUCGAAUCAGGUUGGCUGGUUUAUCGGAAAAAGGAAGGUUUAUCUGGAAACGUUUUUGUUUAUUACAUCCAACACUACAGAACAAUACACUGUUCAUCAUUCUAAAAGGAAA